AGGGUCCGUUCACACAGACCGGCUCGGAGAGGAGAGCAGAUUUUUAUCACGUUGGAAACAGUGUUUUGAGUGAUUGUAGUAAAGUUUAUUUUUGCAUUUGCACCUUUUUUGUCAUUAAAAAUGCCUGAACGCGCUUCGUGUGAAGUAAUAAAAGGAGCCGACCGGCUCCGCUUGCGUGCUCUUUCUCGCUCGCGCAGCCGAUCGGCUCUGAUUGCGUGCUCUUUCUCGCUUGCGCAGCCUGUCGGCUCCGAUUGCGUGCUCUUUCUCGCUCGCGCAGCCGAUGGGCUCCGAUUGCGUGCUCUUUCUCUAUCGCGUAGCCGAUCGGCUCCGAUUGCGUGCCCGCUGCGGCCGCGCCGACCGCCAUUUUGAUAGCAACAUUUGAACGUAAUAGUUGUGCGUACUUGUACGAAAAGAUGAAUGAUGAAAAAUUAAUAAUACUCGUGUCAAAAUAUGAGUGUUUAUUUGACAUAACCAAGCCAUCAUAUAGCGAUCGGAUAAUGAAAGACAAUGCAUGGGAGGAAAUUAGCAAAUGUCUCGGAAUAAGUGUGACGCAGUGCCAGGAUCGUUGGAAGAAACUGCGAGAUAACUUCAGAAAAGCCUAUUAUAACCGAAAAGGCAAGAGUGGCGAUGGUGCAACUACGUCCAAAUUGAUAAAAUUUGAAAAAGAACUUUCUUUUAUAAUACCAUUUUUUCGCAAUCGAAACCAAAUAUCUAAUGUAACAUUAUCAUCGGAUGAUUCAGAGCCUGGCACACCAAUACCACCACCAUCGACAUCAUCUAAACGUUCUGACCAUUCUGAAGUUGAAUCGCUUGCAAGUACUUCUGGCUCGAAAAAGAGACCACGCUUAAGCAAAGAUGUUGCUACGGUUUUCGAAGAGUAUCUUGAAGAAAAAAGAAAUACUACACCCCGUGACAAGGCAUUACGUAAUUUUUUUUUGUCUAUGUCAGAUACAGUGGAAACAUUCCCAAAAGAAGUCCAAGCACGAAUUAAAAGGCGCGUGUUUAACAUUGUUAAUGAAGCUGAAUUAAGUCUGUAUGAAAAUAGUACAGAUUUGAAUUAUUCUUUGUCUAUAAAUUCACCGCCAUCGACUAAUCAAUCUACUUACCUAGUGUCAAACGAAACCUAUAUUCCUCAAAACUAUCCAGAUCAGACUACUUACGGGUACAAUACCAGCACACAAAAUACAAAAUAAUAAACAAUCAAAAACAAUAAUAAUUAUAAUAAUAAUAAUUAAACACACACAAAUCUGUACUAUUUAAUUACAUUUCAUUAACGUAAAUAAUGCUUAAUAAAUGGAGGGCUGUGAUUUUGUGAUCUAUUUAGAUGUUUGUGUUAUUUAACAUGAUUAGUAUAAGUAAUUUACAUUUCAUUAACGUAAACAAUGCUUAAUAAAUGGAGGGCUGUGAUUUUGUGAUCUAAAUAACAUGAUUAGUAUAAAUAAUUGUUUUUUAUUUACCUUAAAGUUACCG